AAUACCGGCGUCGUGCUGUAUGUGUUCAUUUAUUUUUUUGAAUUCCUUAUUUACUGAUUUAAUACUGGUUUAUUUGAAUAAAAGUUAAAAUUACAGCAAUAAAACGAUGCUUGCCCCUAAAGAUGCAAAAGCAGCUGUCUCAGAAGCUAAAGUAUUAGUGGUCGGGGCUGGCGGUAUUGGUUGUGAAGUCUUAAAAAAUUUGGCUAUUUCUGGAUUUUCAAACAUUGAAAUUAUUGAUUUGGAUACUAUUGAUGUAAGUAAUCUUAACAGACAGUUCCUAUUCCGCAAAGAACAUGUUGGCAAACCAAAGGCAGAAGUGGCCCGAGACAGCAUUCUGAAGUUUAAUCCAAAAAUGCGUAUUAUAGCUUAUCAUGACAGUAUUACAAGUGAAGAUUAUGGAGUCAAUUUCUUUAAAAAAUUCAAUUUGGUUUUAAACGCACUAGACAACAGAGCUGCCAGAAACCAUGUUAAUCGUAUGUGUUUAGCUGCUGAGGUUCCCCUAAUUGAAUCAGGAACUUCGGGUUAUUCAGGACAAGUGGAGUUAAUUAUGAAAGGAGUAACACAAUGUUAUGAAUGCUUACCAAAACCACCUCAAAAGACUUUUCCAGGAUGCACUAUCAGAAAUACUCCAUCUGAGCCUGUUCACUGUAUUGUAUGGGCCAAACAUUUAUUUAACCAACUCUUCGGAGAAUUUGAUCCUGAUCAGGAUGUUUCGCCAGAUACAGAAGACCCAGAAGCAAAAGUUGAAGGUGAAGGACACACUUAUACUGAAAGUGGAAAUAUCCAAAGGACAUCUACGAGAUCUUGGGCUGAGUCAAAUGAGUAUGAUCCAGAACAGCUGUUUAACAAGUUUUUCCAGACUGAUAUUGAGUAUUUGUUAAAAAUGGAAAACCUAUGGAAGACUCGUAAACCACCUGUUCCUUUAUCUUGGCAGCAAGCACUUUCACUUGGAGGGACUACCGAACCAGAUGCAGAAUCUGGCACUGCUACAAAUAUGCAAGUUUGGUCAAUAAGCAAAUGUGCCAAAGUAUUUGAAUCAACAGUUUCCAUACUAAAAAAAGAUUUAUCUAACAAAUCUUUCUUAGUGUGGGAUAAAGAUGACCAGCCUGGAAUGGAUUUUGUUACUGCCUGUGCUAAUGUUAGGGCACACAUAUUUUCCAUACCUACCAAAUCAAGGUUUGAAAUUAAAUCAAUUGCGGGAAAUAUCAUUCCAGCCAUCGCAACCGCUAACGCAAUUAUAGCUGGCCUAGUAGUCCUCCACGCCUUUCGUGUAUUGCUAAAAAAUUAUGAAAAGUGUCCAGCAAUCUAUCUCAGGCAGAAAUCUAUCCACUCCAAAUUUGUCCUGGCAGCCGACAAACAAAUCGCACAAGCGAAUCCUAAUUGUUACGUAUGUAGUCAUAGUCCAUCGGUGAAUGUUUUCGUUAAUACUACCGUGAUGACAGUCAAAGAGUUCGAAACGGAGAUCCUACAAAAAAAUUUAAACAUGGUAGCUCCGGACGUUGUGUUGGAUGGAAAAGGUCUUGUUGUUAUUUCAUCUGAAGAAGGAGAGACUGAGGUUAACGAAAAAAAGAUUCUCAAAGAUAUUGGAAUUGUUGAUGGGACCAUCUUGAAAUGCGAUGAUUUUCUUCAAAAUUAUGCACUUACAAUUACAGUCAAUCAUUAUGAGGUCAAAGAAAAAGAUGAUCCACCGUACAAAAUUGUCGCAAACGCAGAAGAUUUAAAAGCUAAAGAAAAUGGCGAACAAAAUGGGGAGAAAAACGGAAAAUCCAAGGCCGACACAAAAGAUGAAGUCAGCGAUGACGAUGAUCUGAUGGUUGUGGGCGAAGAAGACGAUGACGAGGCGGAGGAAGUUGAUAAUGAUCCCCAAGAAGGUUCUUCCUCUAAAAGGAGGAAACUUAAUCCCACUGAUGAGGACAUUUCCAUUAUUGAAUAGAUGUAAUAGUUUUCUGUACCGUAAACAUUUCGAGAGUACAUUAUUUUAAGUUAAUACUUAUUAAAGAACAUUUUCUUGAAGGAAGAAUUCCUUUUCUUGAAGAUUUUAGGAAUAAAUUAUUUUUGUUACUUCGAAUAUUUAACAUUUGAAUAAUCCCUAAGUCUUAUAUUAGUUCAUUGUGAUAUCUCAUACUUAGACAAAUAUUUUCCACUAUCACUUUCGUUUUGUACUUUUA